AUGGUUGACCCUAUGGAAGCUCAAAAUCCCCCAAAAUGGAGAAUGUUUCUUUGGAGAGCCAUUUGUGAUAUAUUGCCUACCACUAAUAAUUUGCUUAUAAGGAGAGUGGAUGUGGAUCCAUAUUGUGCCAUGUGUGGGAUAUCACAAGAGGAUACAAUGCAUGCAUUAGUGUUGUGUGAAUUUGCAAAGAACAUUUGGGAACAAUCUAACCUUACGAUCCCCAAUAUUGUCACAAAUAUUUUUCAUGUUUGGUUUGGUGAACUUCUAAAUGUUUCGGAUUCUGAUGGGAUAUUAUAUGUAGCAUCGAUUCUAUACAAUAUUUGGAGAGCACGAAAUGGGGCGAUUUGGGAGGUAUGCCUACCACGACCAAUUUCGUUACUCAAAGCCGCUACCGCCGCCAAACAUGCAUGGAGCCAGACCCAUCUGAUUGCUGCUGCCCAAUCUGCUCCUCCAACAGCUGCAACACCACCGGCCCAAGAGGGGGAAGAAGACCAUGCCGAACAAUUUGCAGGAGACGUUGGUCAUGCUGCCGAACAGGUUGUGCCGGCGCUAAGGAGGUGUCGAGUCGACGCUGGCUAUCUGCACGAAACAGGCAUGGCUACUGUUGGGGCAAUCCUGCUCGAUGCGAAUGGAGGCUACAUCUCGGCCUACACUGCACCACUUCCAAAUUGUUUCUCACCGCUUAUGGCCGAGGCAUUAUCAUGCAAGGAAGUUUUAUCAUGGUUAAAGGAUUGGGGAGAACAGAAUAUCGAGGUAUACACAGAUUGUUUGACACUUCAACACUAUCUUACUACACCAUCCGCUGCGUUCCGUUCUUACGUUGGCUAUGCCAUUGACAUUUGUAGGCAAACCACCACUUUAUUUCAGUCUUGUUCAUUUAAAUUUAUUUCUAGACUAGACAAUUAUUUAGCUCAUGCAUUAGCUACUACGGCUUAUCAGCAACCUGCUGCUAUAUACUGGGAUCUUCACCCACCAGACAUUAUUUCAGCUUAUUUCUAA